AAAAUAAUUAGCAAUUGUCUAGGUGUAAACUUUUUUUUGACUCACUCUGUAUAUGACACUAAUGAAAAACUAUUUUAACACCAGAAAAUUAAUGUUGAAUGAAAAGAAAUGAAGGGUCAGACUUUCACAUACAGGUACAUGCUUAUUAAUGUAAUUUCCUAUUGUAGGUUACAAGAUGCUUUGCAUUCCUAUGCAGAUGAAGGUUAGGGUGUGUGCGGGGGUGUGUACGCAUGUACAUUACAUGUACGUACAGAGUGAAUGGAUUAGCCAUUGACCGUUUUCGCCUCGAGCUACAUGGCCGCUUUAGUUUUUGCUCUCGUAAAUAUGCGCCUCACUCUUGGGGUUUACUUAUAGCAUUAAGUUCCCUAAUACCUGCUUUUAGGGAGAGGAAUCGGUUGGUUUCUUUUCGCUUUCUACUAUGGCGGAUGCAGCCCUUUUCCUGACUUUCCGGUAGUUUCCAAUUGGUCUUCUAAAUUCGGUUCCUCAACCACCACCACAUCACGCUAUUUCGGCAGAAGGGCUUUCAGCCAUUGUGAAGGAAGCGGUAGGUGGAGUAAAAAAUUACAUUGACGAAGCUCUCGCUUUACAGAAAGAGCAAACCAUGAAGAGUAUUGAAACUUCCAAAGUUCAAUUUAAGUUCAAAGGUAACCAUGUUCAAUUUAAUUUUAAUAAUUCUCUUCAAGAAAGCAUAAGAAGAGCUAUUGGUCAUAUCGAGAAGGGUGAGCACGGUUCCGCUCUGAAGGAACUAGUGAAAGCAGAAGAUGACAUCGGCAAAAGAAACAAGCUUAUUUGGAUUGCUGACAAAUCUGAAGAUGGUUGGAAGGUCGUGGAGGAGUACCUUUCAGAAGAGUUGGCUAGUGAUUCCGACGAUGAUAAGCGGAUUCAUGCUGCCCAAAAUAGGGCAGCAACAAAGCGCCGUAAAUCGAGAUCCGUCAGAGGUAAAUUUGUGCCCUACAGACGCCUGGGCUCAGGCUCCGCUGAGACGUAUUCCAAUCCUGAUUCUAAUCCUUCUUUUCGCCGCUAUAUUUUCGCGAAUAAACAGCAGCGUAUCCAACCUCAGCCAGGUCUCCCCAGGUUCAACGACCACUGCUUCGCCUGUGGCAAGUCAGGCCACUGGCGCCGUAACUGCUCGUUCGUCGGAGGCAAACACGCUUCCAAGGAAGGCGCUGGUCACUAAAUGCAGUUCUGGGACCGGUAAGCGUUCUAUUUUGGUUAUGACCGUGUAAAACCCUUUUUUUUUAUAGAAAAUACAGGGUUUUAUAAGAACAGCUGAUUUUUAUGAUGAGUUCCUGUUUCUUUCUGCAGUUUGAAAAUGUGCCUGCAUGUUCAUAAUAUAUGAUAACACAAUGAAGUAUGGUGCUCAGUGGAAGGUUUAAUUUCUUGAUAAUAUUGAUUUUUAUGAAUGCUUAUUGUCAUGCACUGUUAUUUUUGUUUUUGCAAUUGCAGUGUAUCCACAGUCAAACACCGAGAGCAAGACAGAGGAGACAGUUUUUCGUUUACCGGUAAAUUCCAACAGUGCAGAGAUUGAAUGUUCUCAGAGAGUUUCACAUGAGUUGAAGGAACGGUAUGAUUCACAAUUUUAUCUUGAUAAUUUUUUUAAUACGAACAAGGAUCUGCAGAGCCUAUAGUACGUGGCAGAAUGAAAGCGAACAUAGACUUUUGGCGUAACAUCGGUGCACCGGAUGAGAUAAUUAAAGUCGUUGUAACAGGAUAUAGAAUUCCAUUUAUACAGACCCCGGCUACCGCUAAUUUCAAGAACAACAAGUCUGCCAGAGACAACCCGGAGUUUGUUUGUGAAGCCAUUUCAGAUCUCCUUACUAAGAAUUUAGUAAUUGAGUUAGAUCAUGUACCCGAUUUUGUUAAUCCUUUGUCUGUGUCAGUUCAGAAUUCUGGAAAAAAGAGACUGAUUCUAGAUUUGCGUUACAUAAAUCAAUUUGUAUGGAAACAAAAAGUUUGUUUUGAAGAUUGGGAAACUGCUUUACAAUUUUUCCAGAAGGGUGAUUAUAUGAUUUUUUUAAAAUCUCAAAUCAGGUUACCACCAUGUAGACAUGUUUAAAGAUCAUUGCAAAUAUCUUUGUUUUAGUUGGCAGUUCGAAGAUACAGUUCGAAGACAUUUUUCCUUUCAAGUUCUGCCCUUUGGUUUAUCUACAGCCCCAUACAUCUUUACUAAGUUUAUUAGGCCUUUAGUAAAGCACUGGAGAAAUUCAGGCAUUUUUCUUGUUGUUUUUCUUGACGAUGGCUGGAUUAGAGCUCCAUUCCUGUUAGAAUGUCAACGCAUUGCUUAAUCUACAGUGAUCUAUACGAUCAGAUUUGUUGAAAGCAGGACUGGUGCCUAAUGUAGAGAAGUCCAUGUGGACACCUGUACAAAAAAUGGACUGGUUGGGUUUAACCUGGGACACCGCUCAUGGUACGUUACAAGUGACAGAUCGGAGAGUAUCAGAUAAUUUG